AUGACGAGUGCGCCGACUGUGGAACCCUCGACAUGCAUCCCGGACCCUGCGCCUGCCCGCGUUUCCGGAGACGGUAGCUUUUUCAUCUCCCUAGCCUUGAACCUAGGGCAAAGGAGGUACCAUAAGCGCCAGACCACGACUGGAUACAUCGGAUUCUCUGGAACCGAAGCCAUUGCCGUCACGGACCCAAGUUUAGCCUGGGCACUCACCCUCGACGAAGUAACACAGGUACUCGGGUUCAGCGGCGCAUCUGGCUAUGUGGGGUUUGACAGCCUCAGCGUGGACGCACCCGUGCGCAAGACUAAUGAUGACGGCUCAUACGCACCUGCUUUCUUCGCUGGUUGGACGAUAGACCCGGCAACAAGCAGCAUUUAUUUUGGAACUGCGCAGUUUUGCACCGUUGCCAACACGACUCUUGUCGCUUACUGGGACGGGGUUGUUCCUGACGGCUGCUCGGCAGUUGCGCUUGUUCAGAUACAGAUUGACACGGUCCCUAUAUCUUCGACUAGCUCAGCCACGACGACAGUUACCGCGGCUACACCUGAGACAACAACAUCAAACGCAGCAGCAACCACCAGCGCGUCGAGUUCCCCAGUACAGGACGCUGGAUCUCCAGGCUCCUCGCUAAUGACAAGCACAGCGGGAGCAUCGUCCUUACCGGCAACAACGUCGAGGGUAUCUUCAGUCAGUGGUGCUCCUGACCAGGACGAGGGGACUCAACUCUCCUCCACAACAACUUCCACUGCUGUGGGUGUCGUCGGACCUUCGGGUCCUUCGAGCACGAGCACGGUCACGGUCAUUACCACGACGAGCAGCUCCGCACCUGUAGGUGACACUGCUGUAGCUGGCACUUCGACAACUACCGUCCCCAGUUCCACCGACGUUGAACUCACUCCAGUCUCCACUACCACAAAGUCUAGCAAUUCCAGCACAGAUUCUGCUCUGCCCAGCUCAACACUUACAACAUCGGUGGCACCUGAUGCGGUAUCUACAUCAACUCUCAGCGCCACGGCUACCACCACCGAAAGCACACCCUGCAUUAUCGGAGCAAACCCGACUUUCUCCCUUCUCAGCUCGGGAAGUCGCGGCAUUCCCGAUGGCCAACCUGCGAUCUCUGUCCCAAGCGGCAGCCCAGCUUAUCCUUUCGAUUAUCUGGGCUUCUCCUCCGGCACACCUGCAUUGUUCACCUUCGAUAACCAAGGACGGCUCGUCGAGGUCGCAACGGGCAACAUCGCCGGCAGCCCUCAGCCAGGUCAGAACGCUGUGUCUUUCUUGUUCUCCCCUCAGACCACUGUCGACGGUCUUGGGAUUUCGCCAGCAUCUUGUUCGUUGUCCUGCCCGGCAUCUGGCACGGGACUCCCUCAACUACAGUGCAGCGUAUGGGGUUACUCGACUUUUAUAACUCAGGUGGCCUUCCCCUACCUGGGCAUCGCCAACGUCGUGCCUACGGAUGGUCUGACCUUGACUCUCCUGGCUGGGAUCGUGUCUCAAGAUGAGACUCCGACGAGUUCUUCAUCCACGGCUGCGACGAGCACCACAACCUCUGAUAUCGCCCUUUCCACUGCAGUAUCCUCUUCGGACCCCGCUUCAAGCAGUGCCUCGGGGUUUUCCGCAACGACUAGUGCUGGUCGCUCUACAAGUCCCUCAACGAGCACGUCAGACUCACCUAGCACGAGCGUCGACUCUGUGACCUCCACAACGUCAGCUGUCCUCAAUGUGGCGGAGACGACAACCACUUCAUCAUCUGGUGGCAUCGCACCUACUCCGGCAUUUUCUAGUGAUCUCAAUGACGCUUCCACAACUAGCUCGCUCACCGCUGCUACUACUUCAAGUAAUAUUGCUGGCCCCUCGGCAACAUCCAGCGCGUCUUCAACCGAUGGCUCAACGGCUAGCACAUUCUUCAGUGCCCAAGGUGACGCUUCCACUACCAGCUCGUCCACGUCCGCCACUACAACAUCGGUUGAUGGCGCUGGUGGCGUUGCUGCUCCUACCACGAUGACGCCCGACUCGACUUCAUCUACGACAUCAGAAGCCGCACAUGUCGCGGACCCCUUAGGAACAUCUAGCACAGUCUCGUCUGUUGAUUCAGAGGCCACAACCACGUCUUCCACUAAUAUAGACACCGCAACGUCCACUAGCUCCAGGACAACCACAUCGACUGACCCUGCCAAUGUCUCUGCCGACCAUACUUCGAGUACCUCAGCUGUCCUGACAACUUCGUCAACGGGCGCUGCUUUGCCACAUAUCACAACCCCGUCUGGCAUUGCAAGCUCUACAACCAGCACAACGUCUUCAACCACGACAUCCUCGCCAGAUCCCUCUGUCGUGGCCGAGGACCCGCCAAACACCAGUUCCAGGACCACGACCACUACUAGCGACGUCGCGAUUGUAACCACCACGCCAGUCCAACUGGCGCCGCCAGUAAUCAUCACCUCGGACCCGACUUCUAGCUCCACAUCUACAUCCACAACCUCAACCUCCACGUUAGCCGAGGCUAGCGAUCCCACCCCACCUCCUCCUCCAACAUCGAUCGGCGGUGAAGGUGGUGAUGAUGACAGUGAGAAGGACGGUUCAACCCCAACACCCCCACCCCUGCCUACACCUGGGAGCGAUGACACCGGUGAUAAUGACGACGAGCCAGCCACGGCGCCCACGACAACCACGUCAAGCGCACCCUCGAUUCCGACUCCGGCUGGCGGGUCUAACGACAGCGCGACCGGAGACGAGGACAACGACGACGAUCAUCCGGGAGUGGUGUUCGAGGACGAGUGA